UUUACCUUCACUUAACAUCACUUUCCUCUUUGCAUCUUUUUAGAUAUGUUUUCAAUCAAGUCACUCAUUGGCCUUGCGGCAUUUUCUGUACUACAGGUUCAGGGUAUUAAUCUUGAUGUCACCAGCACUGAUUCCAUCAAAUCGGCAGCGAGCAUAAUCGCAAAAGACCUAGUCGGUCUUUACAAACAGUCUCAGACUCCAGGGGCUCCCAUUGGCGUUUUGAACGAACCUUACUCCUGGUGGGAAUCUGGUGCCAUGUUCGACACUUUGAUUCAAUACUGGCGUUUGACUGGUGAUUCUCAGUACAAUCAACUUGUCACUCGGGGAUUGGCCUCUCAACGAGGACCCAAUGACGAUUUCAUGCCACUAAACCAAACGAUUUCCAUGGGUAGUGAUGAUCAAUCCAUUUGGGCUCUUGCAGCAAUGUCUGCAGCAGAGGCAAGACUAGGAGGAGAUCAGAAUGUUUCUUGGGUUGACCUUGCUCAGGCAACGUUUGAUGAACAAGUACUUCGAUGGGAUGAGGAAUCUUGCAACGGAGGUCUUCGCUGGCAAAUCUUUCCUUUCAAUGCCGGCUAUAGCUACAAAAACACGAUGGCGAAUGGAAACUUUUUCCAACUCGCAGCUCGUCUUGCUGUUUCUACAAACAACGACACUUAUUCGGAAUGGGCAACCACAGCAUGGAACUGGACUCAAACGGUUGGUCUUAUCGAUGAGGACCACAAUGUUUUUGACGGUGCCGAUGUUUCCACAGACUGUUCCGCGAUCAACAAAGUGCAAUUUUCGGAUAAUGCAGGUACAUUCAUUGCAGGCGCUGCGUAUAUGUACAAUUAUACCGACGGAGAUAUCAAAUGGAAAAUAUCUCUCGACAGUCUCGUAAACAGAACCAUGUCCGUAUUCUUCCCAUCCGGAAUCGCCACCGAAACUGCCUGCGAAUCCAUAAAUUCUUGUACCACAGACCAACGCGCCUUCAAAGGUGUCCUCGGAAAAUGGCUCGUCGAUACCAUCGCCGUCGCUCCACACACUAGCGAUCUCAUCACCGAGCAACUUAUCAGCUCCGCCCAAGCUGCUGUAAAGACCUGUAGAGAUAAUGGAUGUGGUUCAGAUUGGAGUGGUAAUGCUAAAAAUAGCUCUACUGGUGUGGGAGAGCAAAUUAAUGCUCUUAAUUAUGUACAAGGCUUACUACAGAGCCACGCUACCAUUCAAAGUUCUUCUGGUGAGACGACCGACAGUGUCUGUUACUCAGAAUGAGGCGGCUGGAAUGGUAGUAGGACACUCGGCAUUGAGUUUCUCAAUCUUGGGAGCAUUGACUUGAUUGGUGUUGUAUAUUAUAGAAGAUUUCUUUGGGAGUAUUGACUUGGUUGGUGUUGUAUAGUAUAGAAGAUUUCUUUGAGAGUAUUGACUUGAUUGGUGUUGUAUAGUAUAGAAGAUUUCUUUGGGAGUAUUG